GCAGGAGGGAGCUUGAUAGGGACGCGCAGCAGGAUAUAAGAACUUGCCAAAAUGGCUUCCAUAAUAUGCUCCUCCUCCACGCUACGACGUCGUUUGCCCCUCGUCGGCGCGUUUUGCAUGCUCAGUUUGGGACUCUCCAAUCUCUACACACCCCUCAAAACGGGGUGCGUUCAAUCUCUCUUACGAUCCAAGUUGGGUAUUCGAACCCAGUCCUGCAUCAGAAUGGAAGGGAGUAACACCACCGUGCCCAGCAUUGUUGUCUAUGUCACUGUUCCCAACAAAGAUGCAGGUAAGAAGUUGGCUGAAAGCAUCGUCAAAGAGAAGCUUGCUGCUUGUGUCAACAGGGUACCGGGUAUUGAAUCGGUGUACCAGUGGGAGGGAAAGAUCCAAACUGAUUCUGAGGAACUUCUUAUAAUCAAGACUAGGCAAUCCCUUCUGGAGGCACUGACAGAGCAUGUCAAGGCUAAUCAUGAAUAUGAUGUGCCAGAGGUGAUCUCCUUACCCAUCACCGGGGGCAAUCUUAAAUAUUUAGAGUGGAUUAAAGAGAGCACAAGGGACUGACUAUCAAGUUUAUAGCCUGAGGUGUGGUUUCCAGAGUUAUUCUGCUGGUGUGUUAAAUAAAGUCAGUUUGUCAUCUAUGUAAGGCAAUGAGAAUAUUAUGUAGAGGAUGAUGAUCGGUCUUGUAUUACUGCUAGUGGAUGUAAUAGGUUGACUAUGAUUAUAUGUGAAUAGACCUUUUCUUUGUGAUUUUAUGCACAUUUGGCAUUUUGUUUCUUA